GGCGGAGCACUCGGCGCCGCCCGCCGCCUUCGCCUACAGCGCGGCCGCCACUCAAAUGUCUGAUGAGGAAAUCAAAGAAAAGUCGCUCGCUUCUGCUUCAGCCUGUUUAGAAGGAAAGGCGCUGGUGGAAAAAGCAGCGAUUAUUCACCAGCAUAUUGGCCGCAGAGAGAUGACGGAUAUGAUCAUUGAGACGAUACAGCUUGACCCAGAUGAGACAAAAGCUGCAAUGGAAGGAAGAAAAUCUGCAGAAGCUUCAUCCAUUGAUGACACAAGUAAACAUGACAGUCAGAGUAAAGAAUGUGAGGCUGCUCCAGACUCGCCAUCAAAACAACUUCCUGACCAGAUUUCCUUCUUCAGUGGGAACCCAUCAGUUGAAAUAGCUCAUGGCAUUAUGCACCUGUACAAAACAAAUAAGAUGACCUCUUUGAAAGAAGAUGUGAGGCGCAGUGCAAUGCUCUGUAUUCUCACGGUGCCUGCUACCAUGACCAGUCAUGACCUGAUGAAGUUUGUAGCCCCGUUUUAUGAAGUCAUUGAGCACAUGAAAAUCAUCCGGGAUUCCACUCCGAACCAGUACAUGGUACUGAUAAAGUUCAGCUCACAGGCAGAUGCAGACAGCUUCUAUAUGGCAUGCAACAGCCGACAGUUCAACUCCAUAGAAGAAGAUGUUUGCCAGCUGGUGUAUGUGGAGAGGGCUGAAGUCUUCAAAUCAGAAGAUGGAGCCAGCCUUCCUGUAAUGGAUCUGACCGAGCUCCCAAAGUGCACAGUGUGCCUGGAGAGAAUGGAUGAGUCUGUCAAUGGGAUUCUGACCACCUUGUGUAACCACAGCUUCCACAGCCAGUGUCUGCAGCGGUGGGAGGACACCACGUGUCCUGUCUGCAGGUACUGCCAAACGCCUGAGCCUGUGGAAGAGAAUAAAUGCUUUGAGUGUGGCGUUCAAGAAAAUCUCUGGAUCUGCUUAAUAUGUGGGCACAUUGGCUGCGGGCGCUAUGUGAGCAGGCAUGCUUACAAGCACUUUGAGGAGACUCAGCACACGUAUGCAAUGCAGCUGACCAACCACAGAGUCUGGGACUAUGCUGGAGAUAAUUAUGUCCAUCGUCUGGUUGCCAGUAAAACUGAUGGGAAGAUAGUUCAGUAUGAGUGUGAAGGGGAUAUGUGUCAAGAAGAAAAGAUCGAUGCCUUACAACUAGAGUACUCGUAUUUGCUAACAAGCCAGCUGGAAUCGCAGCGCAUCUACUGGGAAAACAAGAUAGUCCGAAUAGAAAAGGAUACCACUGAAGAAAUUAACAACAUGAAGACCAAAUUUAAAGAGACCAUUGAGAAGUGCGAUAACUUGGAACAGAGGCUGAACGAGUUACUGAAGGAGAAACAAUCUGUCGAACGAAAGUGCACUCAGCUGAAUAACAAAGUGUCAAAGCUCUCCAGUGAGCUGAAGGAGGAACAAGAACUGAACAAAUGCUUGCGAGCUAAUCAAGUCUUGCUUCAGAACAAGCUGAAGGAAGAAGAGAAGGUGCUGAAGGAAACUUGUGAGCAGAAGGACCUGCAGAUCUCGGAGAUCCAGGAGCAGCUGCGAGAUGUAAUGUUCUAUCUAGAAACACAGCAGAAAAUUAACCACCUCCCGGCUGAGACGAGGCAGGAGAUCCAGGAAGGACAGAUCAACAUUGCGAUGGCAUCUUCUGCGAGUACCCCAGCAGGGGGCACAGGCAAACCCUCUUCCAGGAGGGGCCGGGGCAAAAGGGGCAAGUGAGGUUUAGGUCGGUCUUGCCCAACUGAACGUGCUUCUGAAAAGCCAGGCACAGGAGUGUCAGGACUCGGGCUGAAUGCUAGGUUGAACACUACACACCCAGUCCGGUAAGGUUCAGUUAGAAGCUGUUCUUGGAGCUUUUCAUAAAGCUGACUGCCAGCCAAUGGGGAGUCUAUGGUAUUUAAAACCAUCUCACUGCACUAUCCAGCUAAUGUUAGGCAGAUCUUAAUUAUCAUUUUACCUUCCUACCUUCUGAAAGCCUCUCCCCAUGCUGUGCAGUUUACCUUCUCCUUGGAGUGUGUAGCCUGUUUUAGGUGAGUGUGUUUGAAGUGCAAAAGCAAAUUGCAGAUCCCCUCCAAAGGGAUAGUGCACCAGAGCUUGGGCCAAAUGCUGACUUCCAUCUCCUCCCUUAGAAGCCAAGCUUAGAAAUGUUCCUAUUUAAUAAAAGCUUUUAUUUGAAAAUCAUUUUUCAGAUACAAGUGCACGCCCCACCCUCCCUUUAGAAUGUGCAACCAGAGCCCUGAAGCAGUGUGUUAAUACAGGUAUAAAUUAGUUAGCUUAGACAUGAAACAGAGCGAAGUGUAAACCAUGUUUUUGCUGUCAAGAAGUCUUAGAUAUGAUCAUUUUGGAAUGUAUCGAAGAUGGUAGCCGCUGUAAGGGAAUUCAUGUUUAGGCAAUUAGCUGCUUAUUCCUUGAGGCGGUCUGGUGCUGUGCUAAUGGCUUUUGAGUGCAAAAGCACACACGAGCUUUGUGCUGCUGAAAUUAUUGAGCAUAACAACAGCCAUUUCUGUUCAUUUGAGAACCUUUCACGCAAGGACCUGUUGCAUGCUUCCAGCCAUUGGUGAUCAGCACUGACAGGAUGUAUAUAUUCUUAGAAUAAAAUGCACAUGCAUUGUAUAGAUGCAGUUUAAAUGUGGGGAAGGCAGUAAUGACCCUAGUGAGGUAGGGGAAUGAACUAUGUGAGAACAGUCAUUUAGAUCUGUCACCUUUCAGGGUCUGUCCCACGUACUCGUACUUCACAGUCGCUGCCUUCCAUCCUUUAAGGAAUUGCGUGCGCUCUGCGUGCGACCUAUACAGCUUGCUAUCGGGCUAAAACGUAAGCAAGCUCCACCCAGAAUGGAAUGCAAAAGCAAUUCACUGACUCAAUGCGUGUAUUUGCAUCCACUUCCCACAGUAUUUGAACACUUAAUGCUUCCUUUUUCCUUGCACCUGUAACAUGCUCUAGUUUUCUUCUGGCAGAGAUGCAUAUUCAAAAAUCACCGUACAGUCUGCCCUGUUGGCAGGCAGUGUCUUGAGGGAGAAUCCAUUGUACAAAUCUGACUCUUGGUCCUAGAACACGUGCUAACUUUUAACAGCUCACCCUGCAGAACUUGCCCGUUCACAAAGGCUUGAAUGUGUUGGUCCCAUUCUGUUGUGCUCGGUGGGUACCAAGCAUCAAACAGAAACUGGCCUCAUCCUUCCCUACUGAUGAAUGGAGGUGGGAAUCUUGUGCCCAGGCCCCCAGAACUAAAGCAGAUCCUGUUCAGUUACUGGAACUGUAGUUAUGAUGUUGGUGUGGGAUUUUUAUUUUAUUAUUUUUAAAUGCUGAGACAGUGAAACUGCAGCUGUGACUUACCCAACUCUUAGGAGGAGCUAAGAAGUGAAACUAGUGUUGUAUAGCAGACCAAAUCAUUCUCGUGAUAGGGUCACAUGUGAGUUACAGUAGUCACAGCCGGGACAGAAAGGCUAAAAUCUAGCUUUAACCAGUUGCAGGCUUAUUUUUAAGAACAUUCCGCUAUACGUGACUCUUAGCACGCUGUAUGCUGCUUUGUCUUUGGUUUCUAGACAUGCUCUAGUCUAAAGCUUUUAUCUCUCUUUUUUUUAACUUUGUAGCAUGAAUGUAACUUACUUUUUUUAAAUGUGUGGAUUGGACAAACAGGCUUCAGCCUUCUGUAAAAUACAGAAUCGGACUUCUACAACCUAGCUUGCUCUCCUAUAGAAAUUCUAUUUUAUUUAAAAUCUAUUUUUUACACCAGUUGGGAUCCUCUGCUUUUUGCUGAUAGGUUGCUUCACUGAGAUGCUGUACUAGAUCUUUUUUUUUAUUUAUUUAUUUUUUAAUAAAACUAAAAUCUUGUGUAUGGUAGGGAUUUUGGAGAGGAAGGGUUGAGGGGUAGGGUAGUAUCUGUUCACACUAUUGAGGAACAUCUCCAAUAGUGAAGGAGAGUUGCAUUUUGAGGGCCAGAAAGAGAAUAGUCCAAGAGACACAGUGGAGAAAUUUGAAAUAAAAUGGUGGCAAAAGUGAAACUGCCUGAAGAGAGAGUUUUAUCAAGGUAAAUAUUAGGAAAGCCAGUCUAAAUCCACCCUGUGCCUGGAGCAUACACGAUGGUCAACAUCCUGUGAAGUGGGUAGAUGUUUCUGACUUGGUCUGCAUAUCUGAUGCAUCUGUCUCUGCAACCGAAGAUGAACAGGCUGGGGUUCAACAAAACUCCUUGUUGGAGCUAAACUGCUCUGUCCUGAAGGUGUCCCAUCCUGCUCCAGCCUCACAAGGCUGCGACUAGAAGCCUUGCAUGUCUGCUGCCUAUACCAUCCUUUGGCUAUGGUGAAAUAGCACUUUGCUCUCCUGAGCAGUAGCACAGCACUUUCCACAGGCACCAAGAUAUCUUGAAGUAGUUUGCCAAGUGUUUGCACAGAAUUUAAUCUGGUUUGGGGGUUUUUUUUGGUUGGGGAUUUUUUUAAGAUGGAAAAGAGAACCUGACCGAUUCCCUUUUAAGACUGAUACUGUACUGUCCUGUAACAUCUAAAAUAAAAGUUAAUGGCUGUAUUAAAACUGC